AUGUACUGCGCCGCUGUGCUGUACUUGCUUGUGGUCCCAAACGUGGGAGAGAGGUUUCAUGGUCGUUUGCAGCUUGGGGAACGGGCAGCAAACAAUGUGAAGGAGCUAGCUCAAAAUUUGGCAAGCUCUCCAAAAGGGCUGUCUUGGAAUGAAGCCAGCCAAAAAGCCAUUGAAGCUCUUGCCGGCACAAACCCUCCCAAGGUGGAUGAUGUGAAGCAGUGGGCUCACUUCCUUUAUACCAAAGAGGGAGGAGGCUACGAUUGGAAAUGGGCCAACAACCAUGCUUUGGAAGUCCUUGCGGAAGACCAUCCUCCCAAGUUGGAUGAUGUGAAGGAGUUGGCUCAACAUUUCAACAGCACAGACACACGGUGGUACUCGGCAGGAGGCUUGGAGAGCCCCGGCGGCAGGGCCAGAAAAGCUCUUGCCGGCACAAACCCUCCCAAGGUGGAUGAUGUGAAGCAGUGGGCUCACUUCCUUCAUACCAAAGAGGGAGGAGGCUACGAUUGGAAAUGUGCCAACAACCAUGCUUUGGAAGUCCUUGCGGAAGACCAUCCUCCCAAGUUGGAUGAUGUGAAGGAGUUGGCUCAACAUUUCAACAGCACAGACACACGGUGGUACUCGGCAGGAGGCUUGGAGAGCCCCGGCGGCAGGGCCAGAGAAGCUCUUGCCGGCACAAACCCUCCCAAGGUGGAUGAUGUGAAGCAGUGGGUUCACUUCCUUCAUACCAAAGAGGGAGGAGGCUACGAUUGGAAAUGGGCCAACAUCAGAGCUUUGGAAGUCCUUGCGGAAGACCAGGCGUGGUCUCCACAGGUCUUGUUGGUUCUGCCUCAGGACUUCCAAAGCUCUGAUGUUGGCCCAUUUCCAAUCGUAGCCUCCUCCUUCUUUGGUAUGAAGGAAGUGAGCCCACUGCUUCACAUCAUCCACCUUGGGAGGGUUUGUGCCGGCAAGAGCUUCUCUGGCCCUGCCGCCGGGGCUCUCCGAGCCUCCUGCCGAGUACCACCGUGUGUCUGUGCUGUUGAAAUGUUGAUGUUGGACUGUGAUCCUCCUGCCAAGCCAAGAUAUGGAGAUCUUACCGGGCAUGUUUGCAAGGAAGGACAAAGUAAGAUCCAACACGGCCAGCGCUGUAGCCCUGUUUGUAGUUUGGGCCAUGCCCCGCAACCAGCCACCUUGAUUUGCGACAAUGGUGUAAUUGGUUCCUUUGAAUGUCCCGAAGAUAUUGACAAUUGA